CAAUCACAAACGCUCACUGAUAGCAUUUCUGGCCACGUUGAGCUUCCGUAGAGCAAGAAUCUCGGUUUCCAUAGAGACUGUCUUCACUUGGUGGGAGCGAAGCAACGAACGAACACCGAGCUGCAGAGACAGCACCGACAGGUAGCAAAGCCAUUAUCAUACCCGCAAACACGAUAUGCUGCGUUUGAUCACGGCUAACAAGAACGUUCAGAAGGUUCAUCUCUUUUGACCGGAUAACCUGCGGCGACACUAAGCGUUAGCCUUUUUGCUAACGUCCAGCUAGCCAACAGCUAGCUAAAUUACAGCGAAGUCUCCUAACGUGGAGGAGCCAGUGUAUGUCCUGCUGUCCAGUGCUCACAGGUCAAAAUGUCCUUCAGAGACUUAAGAAAUUUCACUGAAAUGAUGAGGGCCUUGGGCUAUCCUCGGUUGAUAUCUAUGGAGAACUUCAGAACACCAAACUUCAUGCUAGUGGCAGAAAUUUUAAUAUGGCUUGUAAAGAGAUAUGAGCCCAACACGGAUAUUCUCACUGAUGUGGACUCAGAGACAGACAGAAUAUUCUUCAUCAAGGCAGUAGCCCAGUUCAUGGCAACAAAGGCUCACAUCAAGCUGAACACUAAGCAUCUCUACCAGGCUGAUGGCUAUGCAGUGAAAGAGAUGCUGAAGAUCACCUCAGUGCUAUACAGCGCUAUGAAGACCAAGCAGAUGGCCCUGGGAGACCAAGUCGAAGAGGAUAACAACAAGUUCAAGUUUGACCUUGGCUCACGGAUUUCAGAUCUUAAAGCAGCUCGACAGCUGGCAUCCGAGGUCACAUCUAAAGGAGCAUCUCUGUAUGAUUUACUGGGAAAAGAGGUGGACCUAAGGGAAAUGAGGACUGUGGCCAUUGGCAGACCUCUGGAAAUCAAUGAGACUGAAAAGGCCCUGAGAGCUGCCAUCAAGGAGGUUUUGGGAAGUGUGGAAAAGACCAAAGACAUGCUGAGUAAUGUUGUCUCUGAUGAGACCAGUCUGGAUGCCAAGAUAGAAAAGAAGAAGCAGGAGCUGGAGAGGAAUCGGAAGAGGCUACAGACACUGCAGAGUGUCAGGCCGGCAUUCAUGGAUGAAUAUGAGAAGAUCGAGGAGGAUCUGCAAAAACAGUAUGACAUCUAUGUGGAGAAGUUCAGAAACCUCUGCUUCCUGGAGUCUCAGCUGGAUGAAUACCACAGACUGGAGCAGGAGAGGUUUGAGGAGGCCGAAAACACUCUGAGGAUGAUGCAGCACAAACUGAAUGAAGAGAAGAGGGAUUUGACGAGGAGCUCCUUGAAAGAUGAGGAUUCUGACAUGGACGUUCCAGAGGACGAAGGCUCAGACAGCGACAUGGAAGAGUGUCGACCUUCUAAGCCCCGACCCACACGAAACAGCAUCAUGGCAGGAACAGGUGCUCGAUUCAUUGGGAACAUGCAGGGUGGUGACAGUGAUGAGACUGAAGACAGUGAGAUUGAUGUGGACGAGGAUGAUGAAGAAGAUGAGGAAGGUGAGGAAGAAGAGAGCAAGGAUUUGGAGGAUGACAGUUUGGAGGGCCCGGUGUCCAGGGGUGCUCGCCCAUCCAGGGGGGGCAUGAGACCCCCUCUGUCAGAGGAGAGCGACAAUGAUUUCUGAAUGACGAGCACACACACACACACGGAUGUGUUCCAGCUGUUUCUGUAUUCCAGCUCAAAUUAGAACUUCUCAUUACCUCUCAGAAAUAUUCCAUUAUAUUCUGAGAGGUGUUCCUAUAAAUAUUCCACUAUGUUGUUAUUGCAACAUAAAGCAUUAAUAUUGUUCCUGUUUUUGAAUAUUUAUGUAAACUGGUUUUCUUAAUAAAAUAUUGA